UAUGCGUGCGAUUGUCCGCAGGCGCAGGCAAAUCUAUCGUCGCACCGCGAGUACGUGAGCAGCAAGCUGGCCGCGCUCGGCCGCUGUGUCGCCCGUCUUGACCAAGCUCUAGAGCGGGUCGCUGCCGCUCGACUUGACCCACCCUCCGCGGAGGUGGUGAACGAGUACGAGGCGGAGGUGCGCGAGGUGCUCGAGAACUACAACAACAUCGAGCUCGAGUGCGUCGACGCGAAGCAGACCGUGUCGACGGAAGUGCGGGAAAAGGUGCAGCGGCUGAAAGAGGACUGGGCGCUCGUGCGGGCGGCUAGCGGCGCGGACGCAUCCGCGGACGACGUUACGCGGACGGUCGAAAUUACGCGGACGGUCGAAACUACGCGCGCGGUCGGACAGUCGCCACGAGCCCCGGACGCCGCCGGGGCUGACGAGCAGGCGCCGGACGCGGCCCGGGCCGCCGGCGAGGACGCCGCGCCGCCCGCCGACACCGCUCGCCGCAGUUCACCCGACAGCCUGCACAGUGAUUGGAGCGCACGUUUGUCAGGGCGGCGCCGCUCGUCUCAGCAGUCGGCCGCCGCUCUGCUCGCCAGCUUCGACACUACCGUACUGCAGCUCAAAGACUGGGUGUCAGCAGAUGAGGAGAUGCUGCGAACACAGCCGGUCGCCGUGGGCGAUGUUGACGACAUCUUGCACCAGCUGGACAAACAGAAGGGGGUGCUGCGAGAGCUGGAACAGAAGAAGCCGCAGCUGGAUGAACUGCUGCACACCGCUGAGAGCUUAAAAGGCACCGAGAACCGGCAGCAGCUGCAUGGAAAAGUUACCGCACUGCGCGAACACUGGGAUGAGGCAAACGCGCGUGUGCUACAGCGCAAGGCGCAGCUGGACGCGAUGCUCGGCGACUCGCAGAAGUACGAGGCGAGGCGGCGCGACGCAGACGCGUGGCUGACGCGCAUGGAGUCGCGCCUCGCGGGCAUGGCGCCGCCCGGACACACCGCCGAUGUACUUGAAAUGCAGUUGAGGGAACAGAAGUCAUUCCACGCAGAAGUACAUCAAUACAAACAUCAAAUAGAGCUGUUCGGCCAGAUGACCCAGCGCCUCAUAGCCGUGUACAGGAACGAUGAUACGACACGUAUCAAGCGUGCUACGGAAGCCAUCAAUCAUAGAUACAAUGAGCUUAAUAACAGUAUCGUAGCUCGAGGCAAGGCUUUGCACUCUGCGGUAUCGUCGUUGCAGAAUUUCGAUCGUUCUCUGGAGAAGUUCGUGGCUUGGCUGAGUGAAGCGGAGUCUAUGCUGGAUGCAGCUGAAAGGGAUCCACAUCUACUUAAGGGUUCGGAAGGUUGUUAUCUGUUGAGAAGAACCAGCAAGAAACUAAACAGUUACCUCUUUUAAAUCUCUGUUAACAUA